AUGAUUAUACCACUCACCUCUAUACCCCGAAAUAGAUUGAAGAUAGGUCGUAGUAAACGACAGGUGAUCACAGAUAUCAGAGAGACAAGUACACGUACGACACAGCGAGUGGCAGGAGAUGCUGAGGCGACGACGAGAACAAGGGAUAGACAGAGUGUUACUGGUACAUCCAGGCUGGUAGCUGUCGAUAAUGAUGGAGUCGCUCGAACAUCUAAACCCACGGAUAUACCAUCACAAAGUUCAAUAGGCGAGAAGCAGUCUGUCCCUCCCAGUGAUACCAAUACGAGUUCUUUCUCUGCUCUGUCUACCAUAUUUCUUAAUUCCUUUCCUCCUAAUUUCCCAGUCGAUACUCCCCAACCUGUACUUCCCAAUUCAUCGAAUAGGGGAUAUAUGUUCAUGAAAGAUCAACAAGUAUUGGAUUCUAUGUUGAUAUUCUUGGUUAUUUUCGGUACCUGCCUUUUACUCACUAUAACAUGUAUAAAGUGUAAUUCGAUAUUUACAGCUUCAGAUCAACGAAGGAAAGGUAAAGUAGAUAAUGUGAUUAUGGAAGAUAUGAAAUGGGCUGAAGGGAGGGAAGUCAUUGAGAGAAAGAUCAUUUGGGAGAAUGGAACUGAUUCGAUAAAGUCGAAAAAGGGAGGAUCCGGAGGGGCGAGGAGGAGUUUUUUGGGUCUGGAGUCGGGUUUGGGUAAAGGGACAAGUAGUAGAGUGAGAAAGUGA